AUGAACCUAAAACCAAAAAAAGUUCGAAAUUGUCUCGGAAUCAAACAAUUCAGACCAACCAGACUCGUCCUAGGAUUACAACGCCCGGUUUAUCGAAUCUCGGUUGUUGUUGCCACCUCCCCACUUCGUGAUAUCCUUCAGCCUGGUCGUCCCGGCAGCACUCCACCACUAAUAGACGCAGAGCGAUGUCUUGCAGCUAGAAGUGAUAAUGUCGGUCCGUUGACUAGCGCAUUCAAGGAUCUCUUGUUUCAGAUGUGGGAGGGUGAAAGAGAGGUGGUGUCCCCCAGAGAUUUGUUCGAUCAAAUUACCAGAAAGUGGUCACAAUUUCGUGGGUGGAGACAACAGGAUAGUCAGGAACUCAUGCGAUUUUUAUUUGAUGGUAUCAAGAGUGAAGAGCUUGAGUGUUCCUAUUCAUACGAAGAUUUUUUGGACGUUUCCUUGCCGAUAAAAUCCCCCGAUAAUAAUAAUGAGGACAUGCGUAGGAAGAUCAGAAACGGUGUCUCCGAUUUCGGCUACAAUUUCAGUCAAAGUUCUGGCGUUGAUUUUGAGAAUUCUGGCCAAAACGGUGAUGGAAUGCCGCUUGUUUCAAAAGAGAAAAGAAAAAGAAUAAAAUUGCUAUUAAAAGAGGUCCCUUUCGGUUCUGGUCGCUCCGCUAAGAAUUCAUCCAGAGGACGUAUAUCUCUUGUUGACUGCCUAAGUAGUUUCAUGCGGAAUUUACAUCCCGAGAAAUCCCGUGUUCACAAGGAAAAUAAAGCGAAUGAGGAUGAGAUUGAUGACGCGAACUCAUCCGAAGAGGUGUCAUCAAAGGAGGAUACGGAUCCGAUGCCAGGAGAAUCACCGGAGACUGCAAUAACUGAGAAAAAACUCGACAUUUCUAAAACAGAAGAAUCCUCGGAGACUAAAUCAACGCAACGUUUCGAAGAAACGUCAAGAAAUCUCAAACCACAAGACUCAUCGGAUCCUACGCUGGACAAUGUUUCCAAGGAAACGCCCAAGGAUCUUAAACCAGAAGAAUCCAUGGGCUGUACACCGAUUGAGGGAAUGCUCAACAACUCGACGAAAACAGAUGGGUCAUCCGAGGUUAUACCAAUGCGAAUUGAGGAUACACUCGAAAAUUCCAAAACACAAGAAUCAUCGGAUCCUACACCGGAGCAUGUUUCCAAGGGAACUCUCGACAAAUCAGAAGAGCCAUCGAAUUCUGCACCGGUCUCGGAAACGCUCAACAACUCGACAAAAAUAGAUGAGUCAUCCGAGGCUACACCAAUGCAAAUUGAGGAUGCACUCGAAAAUUAUAAACCGCAAGAAUCAUCGAAUCCUACACCGGAGCAUGUUUCCAAGGAAACGCCCAAGAAUCUUAAACCAGAAGAAUUUACGGGCUGUACACCGAUCAAGGAAAUGCUCAAUAGCUCAACGAAAAUCGAUGAAUCAUCGGAUCCUACCCUGGAUAAUGUUUCCAAGGAAACGCCCGAGAAUCUUAAACCAGAAGAAUCCACGAGAUGUACACCGAUUAAGGAAAUGCCCAACAGCUCAACGAAAAUAAAUGAGUCAUCCGAGGCUACACCAAUGCAAAUUGAGGAUGCACCUGAAAAUUCCAAAUCACAAGGAUCAUCGGAUCCUACCCUGGAUAAUGUUUCCAAGGAAACGCCCAAGAAUCUUAAACCAGAAGAAUUCACGGGCUGUACACCGAUUAGCGAAAUGCUCAGCAGCUCAACGAAAAUAGAUGAGCCAUCCGAGGCUACACCAAUGCAAAUUGAGGAUACAUCCGAAAAUUUAAAACCACAAGAAUCAUCGAAUCCUAAACCGGGGCAUGUUUCCAAGGAAACCCUCGACAAAUCGGAAGAAUCAUUAAAUUCUGCACCGGUCGCGGAAACGCCAAAAAGGUAUAAAAUAGAAAGGUCACCGGAGACUGCCUCAAUGCACUUUUCCGAAGAAAUUAUCAACAAUCCUAAAUCAGAAGAACCAUCGGAUACUCCACUAACACAUGUUUCCAACGAUGCAUUCAAAGUACCGUCAAAACCUGCAACAACGGAUAAUUCGGAAGAAAAUAUUGUAUCAGAGGUAAAGUCUGGGGAAAAUUCUCAGAAUGAGGACCAUUCUUCUAGCACUAGUGAAGAUCCUACCCAGCCCGAUGCCGAGAUCGAUUCAUCUGCUGAAUCUUCGUCAUUGGAACAUGAUCCUAAGUCAGGAGGCAAUGCAUCACAACCGUUCAUCCUUCGCAAGGCAUAUAAACGCUACUUAUUUGGUUCAUUGCCGCCUGUCUUGGUAUUUCAUCUGAAACGGUUCCAGCAGGUAGGCAGCAGAUGGGGAGGUGUCAUGAGCAUGAGAAAGAUAGAUGAUUUUGUUGAAUUUCAUGAAGAAUUGGAUGUUGAUGGUGAAAAGACUCGCAACACCAAAUAUCGAUUAUACGGUGUGGUGGUGCAUCUAGGAAGUCUAUAUAAUGGACAUUAUAUUGCGUAUGUGCUUACUAAAAACGUUCUUGGAAUGGGAGAGCAAUUUGGAGUACCAAAAUUGAAUUCCGACGAUCUCGAUGCGGUUGAAAAAAUUCAUUUAAAAGCGGAGAUGGCAGGUGAAAAUAGACAGUGGAUUUAUUGUAGCGACAGUAGCGUACGGCCAGCUAGUGUUGACGAUGUUUUAAAUAGUGGAGCGUAUCUAUUAUUUUACGAACAAGUGAGAUAG